CCAAAGCUAAACCUCUAGAUAUAUUUACCAAAGCUAGCGUAAGAUGUCCAAUCACAUGCCAAUCUAUAGUCAGGUAGUACCAAAAUCACAAUAUCGAAAACCGAAACCGGUGAGCACCCGAGAACGCCCCCAAAACUUGGCACGGACCGAUUUCGACCCCCUCAACUAUAACAACGGGGGCAACUUCCAACUUCUCAACGCUCCUCUGGAGGUGAAAAUGGAUAAAGAGAAGAAGGAGAGGAGGGUGGAGAGGGAGAGGGAAAGGGGGGAGAGAGGGGAAAGGGGGGAGAGAAGAAAGACGCAACGAGCGGAGACGAAUGAUGGAAAGGUGGAGGCAUAUUUGAGGCAAAACCAAGUGAGCAUAAGACAGCAGCAACACAGACACUCGGCGGUGAGGCAAGCCGAACACAGAGUCAAUUUGAGAUCUCUACCGCUAAACGAGAACGCGAUAUCUCGCGAUCGCGGCCACGACAGAACACCAACCGAACGGCACCGAGGUUUCGAGAGAGAGCGGGACAGGGAACGGGAGAGGGAGCAUCGGCGCGAGAGAGACAAGGACAGGGAUAGAGACAGGGAACGUGAUGAGUUUGAUGGUUUUCUUGAGCGUGAAAGAGAGAGAGAACCGAGAGAGCACCGGCGCGAGCGAGACAAGGACAGAGAUAGAGACAGGGAGAGGGAUUUGGAGUUCGAUGCAAUCCCUCUAACCCCACCGUCGUCGCGACCAGUUCGCAAAUCAUCAUCAGCGCACCGCGUCUCCGAGACUAUAUCCGCAGACAAGAGGAGGUUUUUCUGUCGCGAGUGGGCGUUUCAAAAAAUAGCACAUUGUCUGGAGCAGCGACCCGCUAGCAAGGCGUGUGGGGCGCUUAUUUUGGGGGACGCCGGCAGUGGCAAAACUGCGCUAUGUCAGGAGCUAAGCGAUCCCGGUCAAGGUCCACAGGCUCGCCAACAGAGGGCGCUGAACAGAAGACUACUGGCCAGGCAUUUCUUACAAGGGCACAGCGAAAGCAGCCUUCGUCCAGGCGAAUUCAUCCGCUCCCUGGCUAUGCAGAUUUUGAGCCAAUCGUCGCGCCGCCCCCGCGCUGACACGAGCGAGAGAGAUGCAUCUCCGAGGGACUGUGACGGACGCAAUUCCGAAGAACGUUUUAUCAGCAAGUUCCAAGAGCUUGGUGACGAUGGCGAAGAAAGCUGUAAACCUCUCCUGGCUGAUAGCGAAGACCAACGAACGGACGAAGAAGAUGGCGGCGGGCGGCGCGCGCGCACGAUCGAUCGCAUCCACGAGCGAGAAACGUAUACAGACUCUAUGGCCGAUACUAGCGCUGACAAUGUGCCAGAAAUCCUACCCCGUUCCAGCGUAAAAACCACCAACCCUUUCGCAACAGACGAAAAAGAGAACCCCCUAUACGAAAACCACGAAAACGUGUUCCUACGCAACAUUUCCCAACGCCAAUCCAAAGAAAUACGCAACUCAAGAUUACUUCGUCAAAGCUCAGAACCGCUUAAUGAGAAAAAACCCAGCGCACUACAGAAAUCUUUAUCUACAGAGCAGAAAACUGAUAGUAACAGCGAAAACGAAAAAUCUAAUAGCCCUCCUAAAUCGAGAAUACCAGUGGCCAACUUCAAAUAUCCAAAUAAGAGUGAGCUUAAACCUAAUUCUGUUGAAAACUCGCCGCAAAAAUCUAAAGAAGUCAAAGAGUUGCCUGAAUAUCAGAAUGUUUUAGAACGUGAGAAAAAAGAGGAUGAUCCACCGCCGAUACCUUCUUUACCAGUCAGUCCAAGGACUUUAAUAGCAAAUGCUUAUUAUGAUAAGUUAUUAUCGGAACCGGAGAUACAGCAAGCGUUAUUGCCUCACAAUUUGGAGAAGAAUCCGGAUGAAUGCUUUAAGAAGGCUUUAUUAUUCCCGCUGCUGGAGAUAGAUCCGCCGAAGCAGUGCUUAUUUUUGUUGGUGGACGCUAUUGACGAAGGACUAAAUGAGAAUCCGGGUGAGUGCUUUAAGAAGGCUUUAUUAUUCCCGCUGCUGGAGAUAGAUCCGCCGAAGCAGUGCUUAUUUUUGUUGGUGGACGCUAUUGACGAAGGACUAAAUGGACAACCGCCAGAGCGAGACAGCACGACGGAGUCCCGUACUGUUGCCGCUCUCCUCUCUCGCCACCAGCACCUGUUCCCUCAGUGGUUGCUGCUCGUCUGCUGCGCCAGGAGACAAAGCAAGAGUCUCACCAAGAUGUUCACAGGAUUCAGGAAGAUAACUUUGGAUGAGCUCCAGCGAGCUCACGUGUCGGCUGACGUUCAGAGAUAUGUACUGUCCAGACUAGAUACGGAGCCUAGACUCAGAGCGCGCGUGUCGCACGACGCCACCGCCGCCGCGGCCGCCGCGGCCGCGCUCGACCACCUCAGGAUCAAGAGCGACGGCUGCCUUCUGUAUCUAGAGAAGGUGUUAGAUGGAGUGGCGGAUGGCUUCAUAGCGCUCCGCGAAAUCAAAGAAAUACCAGGCACGCUCAACGGGUUGUAUCUAUGGCUGGCCCAGCGGCUAUUCCAUGGACGGCGAUUUACUAAGGUCCGUCUACUACUAGACGUAUUGCUCGCGGCCCGCUGUGGUGUCACUGAAGAAAUGCUCUACAAAUGUCUACUCACUAAAGAGUACAGUGUUACUAGAGAGGAUUUCAAUAGACGCCUGCAUUUGCUUAGAAGGAUACUAGUGAUGGAGCGUUCCACCGGCUACCUAUCCAUCUUCCACCACUCGUUCGCCGUGUGGCUGUUGGACGUGAAGCACUGCACGCGGCGAUACCUCUGCUGCCCUGCGGAUGGACAUGCUGCCCUCGCCAUGUAUUACACGCUAUUGGCUAAAAGAUUGAGCGCUCUGGAAAUACACAACUAUGUGUUCCACAUGACUAGUUUGGAACAACAUAUGGCCGCACAAAAGAAAAAGACUAAUAAUGACCAAGAGGAAGUGAUAGAUCUCCACACACUAGUACUUUUAUGGGUACUGGAUUCGGGCUGCGACGUGGAGUCGGCGUUGCGAAGAGAAAACGAUACUAUGCGACAACUAGAGACAAUUGACACUCAGAAAACAGAAAGUAAACCCGAGGAUAAAGAAGGCGACCCAGAGUCCGAAGGCAAGGAUUCCAUUUCCGACCCCUCGGCCCUAGAGUCCAUCAUGCCGGAGCUAAUAUCAGGCAACACAGACGCAAGGUGGCCCCACGACAGACGCGUACUUCGCGCGCUAUUAGAACUGAGCCGCUCUGAUUCUGCCCCAGGAGAGACUACCGAGGAAAUACCUGAUUUGGUAAGUUGCCACACAAAGGCAAGGUGGCCCCACGACAGACGCGUACUUCGCGCGCUAUUAGAACUGAGCCGCUCUGAUUCCGCCCCAGGAGAGACUACCGAGGAAAUACCUGAUUUGCUCUCUCUGGACGUGCCUCUUGAAACAGAAGUUCUGGCGCCGGACGUAGAGUCCGUAGAGCCGAUCGCCGUUGAUCCGAACGCUGUCUUUGAAUUAGCGACCAGAGGAGAGGACGACACUCUCACGGCUUUGCUAAAGCGCUGCCCAGAGCUAGCACUAGUAACAGACGCGACGGGCGGCACCGCGUUGCACGCCGCAGCACGCGCCGGUCGCGCGUCAACUUGUUGCGUAUUAUUACGCGCCGGGGCCCGGCCUGACGCCCCCGACGCGGACGCUUGGAGCGCGUUGAGGGCUGCGGCAUGGGCGGGACAUACUGAGGUGGUUGAGGCUCUACUCGAGUUUGGAUGUGACGUGGAUUGCGUUGAUGCAGACAACAGGACAGCUUUGAGAGCGGCCGCCUGGUCGGGCCACGAAUGCGUCGUAUCGCGUUUACUGGCGGCGGGCGCGGACCCGGACAAGGCGGACGCGGAGGGCCGCACGCCGCUCAUAGCGGCCGCUUAUAUGGGACAUGCCGAUAUUGUUCGAGCGCUGCUGGACGCUGGGGCGAGCGUCGACCAUGCUGACGAAGAUGGUCGCACAGCACUGUCAGUAGCGUCUCUCUGCGCCUCGGGAGCGGCUUGCGCGGCGCUGCUGUUAGAGAGGGGCGCUGACGUGUCCCGCUGCGACCGGGACAGAGCCACUCCGUUAUUAGUCGCCGCUUUUGAAGGCCACUCUGAAAUCUGCGAGCUGCUACUAGAGCACGAGGCGGACAUCGAGGCGCACGACGCGCUCGGGCGCACGGCGCUGUGGGCCGCCGCGUCCGCCGGACACGCGCGCGCCGCCCGCCUGCUGCUGUUCUGGGGCGCCUGCGUCGACUCCAUGGACAGGGAGGGGCGCACUGUGCUCACUACCGCUGCUGCACAAGGCAACGUGGAAGUAGUCCGGCAGCUCCUAGACAGAGGCUUAGAUGAACACCACAGAGACAACUCCGGGUGGACGCCGCUACAUUACGCCGCUUUUGAAGGUCAUAUAGAAGUAUGCGAAGCAUUAUUAGAAGCGGGUGCUAAAGUGGACGAGGCGGACAACGAUGGCAAGGGAGCUUUAAUGUUGGCCGCUCAGGAAGGACACACGGGAUUGGUGGAGGUGCUGGUCGAUGAUUGGUCCGCGCCGGUGGACCAGCGGGCGCACGAUGGAAAAACUGCGCUCAGACUGGCGGCCCUAGAAGGCCACUUCGACACAGUACGAGCGUUAUACCAGCGCGGCGCCGACGCGGACGCGUUAGACGCAGACCGACGGAGCGCAUUAUACGUCCUAGCGUUAGACAAUCGCCUCGCCAUGGCUAGAUUCCUCUUGACUGAAUGUGGGGCGCGAGCAGAUACUACAGAUCUUGAGGGUCGGACUCCCUUACACGUGUCGGCGUGGCAAGGGCACGUCGAUAUGGUGAACUUACUUAUUAAAGUCGGCGGUGCUGACGUAGACGGGCGCGAUAGAUGCGGUCGCACCGCGCUGCACGCGGCGGCGUGGCGCGGGCGCGGCGCCGUGCUGGCGGCGCUGCUCGCGCGCGGCGCCGACACCGCCGCCGUUUGCACGCAGGGCGCCACUCCGUUAGGUAUCGCAGCUCAGGAGGGCCACGAAGAAUGCGUUUUGUGGCUGCUGCAGCACGGCGCGGACCCAUUGCAAGCUGACCAUUGUGGGCGUACUCCGGCCACGGUGGCGUGGCGCGCCGGGCACGCGCACAUCAGCCGCCUGCUGGAGCGCGCCAUGCCCCUCCAGCAGCUCCCUGCCCAGCCCGAACACACGACGCUACCGAACUCUAAAAUGCUGCGAACCGCCGGGCGGGCGCGUCCGCGGCGGCGGCGCGACGGUGCCGGCGCGUUCGAUGCUCAGCCACAGCUCCUCCCGGCGCGGGCCGGAGCGCAGCUCGGGGCGCUCGCGCACCGCCAGGCCGCGCCCGCGGCGCACCGCCACCAGCACGCCGCCGCCCCGCCCCGCGCCGUCGCCGCGCGCCGAGCACCGGUCGUGGCGAGGUUUUGUGGGGGCCCCGGCAUUCCGAUGUCGACCGUGGUGAGUGUCCGGCGCGUGCGCAUAGCCGCCAGCAGCUCGUCCUUGCGGCGGCGUUGCACGAAUCGCACGAUGACUGCUGGCUCGCGGUCCGCGCCGGCGCGCCCGGCCCCGCCGCUCGCUAAAGCGGUGAUGGUUCCAAAGCGACAAGAUUCUCCGGAGUAUAAGCGUCGCAGCACGCACAGUAAUUCAACCAAAUCGUCCGCCGGCUCCACUCGCGACCACGACCCGCCUCCCGAUCUCACACAUCAUGAUAAGCCAAAUCGAGCGAAUCUAUCGCUCUCUUUCGCGCAACAGGUCGCGCGUUGCGGCCGCAGCAGGCGCGAGAAAGAGAGGGAAAACGUGAUACCCGAACAUCAGGCGGUCGAAAAGGAUUCUAAACUUAGGAGUUACGCAGCCAACGAACGAGACGCAGAUUUACGCGGCUACGCGUGCGAGCGAGACAGACGACGCGACGAGCGCCACGGCUACCCGUGCGACAGGGACAACAUGAGUCCGCUCUACGCCUCGCCGCCGCGGAGCCCUAUCAGCGACAUUUGUAGCCCCACACAACCCACACAUGGUUCUCAACCUCCGAGUCUGACCGCGCAGCCAGUGUUGACCGACACGCACUUCAACCGCGACACGCACAUGCGUAUCAUACUGGGACGAGACACGAAGACGCAGCAAGAGCGAGAGAGUGUGGCUGCAUCCAAGAGCCGGCAGGCGUACAACAGGCUAGUGGGGAGUUUGGGGCGAGCGAGAGGGCGCAUAUUUAAGAAAACUAAGGGAAAGAGGAAUGGUAUCGUGACUAAUCCGGCAAUGCGACUUGUAGCGAAUGUCAGAAACGGACUCGACAGCGCCGCAGCCAAUAUUCGUCGCACAGGGGUAGCCCUAGCAGCGAGCGCCAGCUCAGCCAACCCAGCUGUCAAAACCAACGCCUUCCAGUGGAGGAAAGAGACACCGCUAUAAACUAAAGCGAGACAAGACCGGAAUAGAAAGUUAUGUUAAGUAGACAAAGGUUUCUAUAGGGCGCCAAAUUAACACAUUUUUUCGCGUAUGAAGGAAAGCAGCGUUAGCGUCUGACAAGUGUAGGUCCAUAGGUUUGAUGACAAAUUUUCAUUAAUUGUAUCAAUCGAUCAGGUUUGUUUUUGGGAUCAAAUGUCUAUAUGGGACCCGCAGCAUUAAAUCAAUACAAAAGUCAGAAAUGAUAGUCAAAGUCCUAUCCUAUUGUAAGUACAAAGUUUCAGAGCAAUCUAGCUAGUCGUUUUAAAAUGAGAGCGGAACUACGUUUGUAUGGAGAACCGAGCUUGCCGGGGACCCUUAAUAAUUAAGGCAAAUUAAAUGACAUCAAACGUUGACGCCAAAAUGACAUCAUCAUUUUUCAAGGGAGGAAGUACCACGAGUUUGACACUGACAUUAUCGUGUGCGUAACUUACUUUCUAUGCAUCUCGCUCGUACUGACUGUAUUAGUGCGAGCGAGAUGUAUGGAAAAUAAGUUACGCAGACGUUAGCGAAUAUGUCAGUGUGAAACUUGUGGUAGGGCUACUUGUAUCUGUACAAGUACAUACAGAAGAGCGAGAGAGCAAACGAAAUAAUGAAUCGGUAUUAUAAAUCAAAGAAAUAAAUGAGAAAAUGGUGUAAUGUUUUUGUUUAUAUUAAUGAUAUUCACAAUUAUGUCGGUCUAAGGGAAUUAUAAUAUACUAAACUAUGAUCCUAAAGACUUGGCAAAUAAGUCUCAUUACAUUUAGACUAUGAUAUUAACAAUAUUAUUAUUUGUAAGUUAUGUAAAUAUGAUUUAAUUGUGUAAGUGUAAUUUGAAUCUGAGAUAUUGUGUAAUAUUAUGAUUUUGAUAUUUUUAUAUGAUGUGACAUUCUAAUUUUUUAUGUAUUAUAGUUUGUCUAUGUGAGCCAAUUAAAUGUAAAAACUGAGAAUUAUAAAUAAAUAACACAUUUUUCGGCCCUUCGGCCGGAAAGCGUCAAUUUUCGACCCGCUGCGCUAAACAAAUUUGCCACUUUCCGGCUCAGUUGAACAGAAAAGUAGUACUUAUACACAACUCGACCAGUAAAUAAGAAAGCCUCAGAUCACAUGCUUGUUGACCUCGGCCUUGCCUCGGCCGACAAUUGCAUGUAAUCUGAGCCAUUUCUUACUUAACUGCCCUAGGUGCCCUAUUGUGUUGCAGAAAGGUUUUUGACAUAUUUUUGUAUUACAUAAUGUUACUUGGCAGAAAUGUCGUUUGGCAGAAUUACCUUUCGCAUACAGCUUUUCGCAUAAUAUUACUUUGCAGAUUUCUUUUUGCAUAAUAUUAUUUGGCAGAAAACCCUAACCUAACCCACUUAGAAAAUUCUGCCGAAUGAAUAUUAUGCGAAAUGACUAUUAUGGUGAGUAUAUAUUUAUGCGAAAGUAUCAUUCGAUUAAAAGUUUUCUGUGAUAUGUGUAUUUCUGAUAAAUAAUAUUCUGCCAGAUGCGGAUAACCCGCCCUAGAGGGUAACCCGCCCUAGGUAUGUAAUAAUAAUAUAAUAUUUAAACUUUGAUAUUUAAAACUACAAAAGCGUUCUUUAAAAAGCAAGCGUUUAAUCAUUUAAAUAUCGACCUUAUUUGUUGACAUGUAAGGUCGAUAAUGAAACACAUUAAACAAUGACGUUUACGCAUUCGUCCAUACAAAAACGAUUGUCGUAUUAGUUGCGUUUAAAAAAAAGUAUCUAAGGAGAAUUUGUAGUUUGACAAAUCGGCACGUAAAAAAACUUGGCAAAAUGGUUCCUCAUUACAAUUCACCACUUUAUGUCAAACUUAGAAAUAAAAGAGAAUGGAACCUUUUCAUCACACUCGCUCAGUAAACGUGGAAUUGCACGCAGGCUUAGCGGGAACUAUAGAAAAAGCAUUUUCCCUACGGAGUUAUGAAGUUUCUGCUACCGUAAUUGACAGUUUUUUGUCUUUAUACUUCAUUUUUGUAUCGCAAGUGUGAUGAAAAACAUUGUGUGUAACUUAGGGCGUAAUAAUAUCGCAAACUCGAGUCUAUAAAUCGCUCCGAUAAGCCGUAGCGAUUUAACUAUACUCUCGUUUGCAAUAUUUAACUUACGUAACGUAACCAAAAAUGCUAAAUAAACAAUUUUGUCUGUUUUGUAGGAUGAUUUAAUACGGUGCUUCGUUUUGAUAUAACGUUUUUAAUGUAAUGCAAUGUUUCACAUAAUGUAACAUUUGAUAUAAUAUCCUCCUAACCAUACAAAUGAAAAAUCCAAAAUUUGCUACCAAUAUUUGAAUAGUGUAGGAAAUAGAGCUGAUUUUUGUCUUGUAAAAUUUAACGGAAUAACCCAAAUGCUACUCUGUUUUAAUUAUAUAUGAUUUAAAUUUCAUCGAAUUGAAUAAGUACUAUGUAUACUUAUAGACAGGAUAGUGAGCAUAAGGAGGAUAUGAGACUUAUAUCUACUAGAUAUAAGGUGAAUUUCAUUUAAGACAACAAAAGUAGAAACACUAAUGCCAAAUUUUAUGUGAAAAAACUUUAUAUCAAAAACGAUGCACCCAUGACUGUAUUUAUAAUACUCUCAAUCUAAAUCUAUAGUUAGAUAAAAACGUCCGUAGUGACUAAGUUUGCUCGGUUAGGCUAAAUUUUCUUAAGGAAAAUUUACUUUUAACUCGAUUUAAAAAUAUAUAGUAAAUUUAGUGUUAAAUUAAAUGACAAUCAGUUAAAACUUGAAAAUGCACGCUACGAUUUUUAUUUAAGUCUUUGAAAUAUCUUAAGACAUUCUACCUUCCGUCUAUAGAUUCACGGUUGAUUUCAGCUUGAGACUUUUUGUCAAAAAAGCUUGAUACGUUUAUGACUUCCAUAGCAAACGUGUGCAAAUUAAUUUAGAAAGCUACGUACAGUUGAUCUUCGCCGAACUUGGCAAAAAUUAAUACCAAGGGGCGCCGUAAGUCCUUAAGGGCGUCCGCUAGAUGGCGCGGUUGCUCGAAGCGGGUGUGCGGGUUUACGAAAUAUGAAAACGUAGUAUGAGCAUUGCUGAGUGGUGCGUGGUGGAUUACUGAAUAAAUGAUAUGAUAUGACGCGUGCGACGGAUUUCACCUAAAAUGGCACCCGCGUGCGUGCGCCCGCUCCGUGAACCCGGGCCACUCAAGCCAGUUAGCGGUGGCCGAGUGGCCUAGGCAACUGCCGCGAAUGCAGAGUACACUGGUUCAAUGCCAGCCCUGGGCACUGGAGGCCUUGGUCACUUUCUUUCGUUUAUGACAUUUCAGUUAAUAAAAAAGUUGUUUUAAGUUAUUAAAGUUAUUGAAAAAUAUACGUAGCUAAAUGGUACGGUAGCAUUCCUAAGGUUAGAGCUAAAAUACAAAACAGAAUCCAGUGGAUUGAUCCCAAAAAUAGUACAAUAACCAUACAAAUGUGAUCUCAGAAAUGCGAACAAAAUAGACAUUCUGGUUUAAAAAAAUGUGCAUUUAAACGUAAUAUUAUGGUAAACUAGUCCCUUUGGCCGGGUCUGUACUGACCGAACGACUGUCCGGUCGGUGUAAACCCGGUUUGUGUAGAUAUGGUGUUUCUAUAGAUUUUAAGACACAAUACAUACUUUUACUUAUCUAUAAAUUCUCAGAAAUAACAUCUAAAAGAAUUAAAAUUAAAGUCUAUAGAAACACCAAAACAUUCUGAUGUUUAUACACAAGUUAAUAUAUGGCAAUAUGUAUUAAUAUGUAAUUUAGGUAAUAAAUAAUAAAUUUAGUAGGGUUUUGAAAUUUUAAGAUGGCAACACCAACUUUAGUAUACGCGUGUAUAAUUUAACAAAAUGGUUACUAACACUAACGCAAUAUUAGCGGAUAUAUGCAAAAAUAUAUUAUCACUUCAAAAUUUAAACAAUUAACAAGAUACCUCAAUGUCCUCAAUAUAGAAUCGGUACUUUUUGGUUUUCUUAUUUGCUUUGCUUCCAAUGUUUUCUUUAGUGACAAAAGUAUAUCGUUUUAUGUAAACCAAUACGGGUAAUUGCGGCCUUCACAUUGAGGCAUAUUUACACAAGGAUUAGUGUUUAUUGCGUUUCAUACUUGCGUUUAGUGACAAAUGUAUGAACUCGUACUAAACAGUAAUCAAUGUGUAAACAUGCCCCGGUGUGAAACCCAGUUACACUUAUCCCGCAGGUACACUUACCCGUAUAAACCAUUUUAGAGGCCCCAACGGGCAUAUAAAAAAUUAUAUUCAAAUUAAAUAUAUUCUCAGUAGUUUCAAAAAGCAAUAUAAUUUUAAUAAUAAUAUUCAAUGAAUAAUUUUACUAAUAGUUUUGAAUAUUAUACCACAUUAACGAAUUCACCUCAUAAUAGGUUUAUUACAUUUAAAGUAAUUUUAAAUAUUAUGUGAAAGAAAAUUAGGUGAAAGUCAUUUUAAAUUUAACACAGUAUUGUUCGAGGCACUAAUGUUUAGGAGAAAAGAGGAAAAAUUAUAAAUGUAAUGACUUCUUUAUUAUAGAAAGGUUUCUCAACAAUAUUCUAGAGACGACUAUGCUUGAUAAAUAACUAACAAUAGAAAAUAGUUAUUCAUUCAUUCAUUCAUUUCAUUUAUUUAUUUCUUUAACAAUAAUGCAUUUGUUAUACAAGGGUGUAAAGUUGUUGUUUUACUCUCGCGCUAAUAUUGAUAUCCGAGCAAGCUAGAUUCUAAAAAGUGGAAUCUUGAGCGUUGCGAGGGUUUAACAAACUUUGCUACCGAGUAAAACAAACUUUUUCACCACACGAACCCAAGGAAAAUACUAACAACUGUAAAACUGUAAACAGAUUUAAUUGAAAAAUGAACGAUUUGUCAGUCAACAAUAAAACAACAUAUAACUCUUAAAUAUAGUUUAAUUCACCAACACAACGUUUAAUAUAAUCAUUUAGUUCUAAUUUAGAAGAAAACGGGGGCGUUUCAAUCAAUGUUAGCACUUAAAAUAAGAUAAUGCAGAAGUCAUUGCUAAUAAAAAUUAGAAUUUUAAAAAUUCUCAAUGGUAUAGUUGUGGUAGUGUUUCGGCGUAAGAUUAAAAAUCGAAUUAAAUUUAACUACAUUUUUGAGGCUGAAUCUUGAUCGAGUUUGAAUUUCGUGUCAUAAAAAUUGAGGCUAGGAUACUUUUUUAUAUUUUAUUUAAAUAUACAAAACCGCGAUCUAUAAUAAAGGGUUGACUUGCUUUAAAAGCGGUUCGUGACAUCUGUUUUUAUUUUAAAAUCGUAGUUAUACAUUUUUAGUGUACAGAGUUUUCAAGAUUAUUCGUCCCUAGAUGAAUAUUUUGAAUAAUUAUUCAUUUGAUUAACUAGAUGUAUCUAGCAAGGGGAUACAUACACAAAUAUAACAAAUACUAUACCUAUCUCAUGUAUAUUGUAUUUUUAGUAUCACAAAAAGUAUCAAGAUAUGUCACUCUGUCUAAGAAAAGUGAUUUUAAAAUAUCUGUUUUGAAAUACAUAGUUGAAAGUUAUACUCAUUUUAUGAUUAAAAUGUUGUCAUAAUUUUCCCUUGCUAUAAAAAUCGCUUCGAAACCUCAAUUUCACAGGCGUACUAUAAAAUAUCUUGAUAGUUUUUGACGCUAAAAUGUCAAAUUAUUUUUUGUAUGAUAGUUGUGAAUCAAUUCUUGCUAAUCUCCAGUCAAUAUUUUUUAGUUUUUUUUUUUUAAUUAUUUUUAAUGAUUUGCCGUGUGGGUCAUAUUAAUAUAUAUAUAUGACUUUCAUACAAAAAUCGUCGCAUAUAGCGUAUUAGUUUACACUUAUUUUGUAAAAAUAUACUAAUAUUUAUUUAUUGAUUUUUGGCCGCGUGAUAUUAUAUUCUAAAAUCUAAUGUAACGUUCAUAAUAAUAUGAUUAUGAUGCGUUUAAGAUUUGUUAAAUACACAGUAAAAUAGGUAAAAAAUAUACUUGUCGCAUUAUACCAAUUAAAAUUAUACGAAACGAUACAUUAGGUUAAAAAAUAUUAUGUCAAAUUACGUGCCCAAUGUCGUGCAAUUUUAAAAAGUUUACGAAUUAAAGCCAAUGUUAACGCUGUCGCCUAGACGAGGCAUGCUAUCCUUAUCGCACCUAUGCAUUGGAAAAGGACAACAUUUAUACACAUCAGCCAGGUGCAAGUUAUAUUACAGAAUUUUUGAGCCAACAGCGGCAGAAUAUACAUUUAAAUCCAAUAUUUAUAAUAUUUUUUAGUCUAAAUAUUUGCCAUAUAAAAUAAUAAAAACUAUUUUUGUCAAAAGUUUAGGUCAAUCAAUCAAUUGUUUAUUGCACUAUGGUAAAAUCAAGAGGUCAUCAUAAUUAUGCCAAAUACUGGCAGUCUUGUUUACUCUUUGACAUUUCUAUUGAAUGCUAUUUCGGUUUGAUAUUUUGGGCGUAUUUUGUCGUCUAUAUCAAAGAGAAUAGGGAAUAUUACUGCAAUGUUCUGCCACCAGAGUGCAGGACUAGCCUUUUUAGUAAAUCAUAGAGUAACUUAUACAUACUGUACCUUUAACAGGUUUUUGACAAGUUUUCAGAGAUAAUAAAAUAUGACGUUGAUGCAUCAAGGCGGUUUGCUUACAGAUGACCUACCGGGAAACGCGAAUCCGAAAAUUCGCCAUCUGCCUCUUUAUCGCUCGAAUAUGCAAGAGUGACAGAGAUGUUAGAUAAAGAAAUUUUCUUGUUUCACGAUAGACCCUCAUAUUGUGGUAGUGGCGCCCUGGCGCACCCUACGCAGUUUCGCGUAAUACUCCCUAAGACAUAGUGCUCACUCCAUACAUCGGUUUUGUUAGCAAAAAGACUAUUAUUUUCGUAGUCUACAUCUAGCGUUAAGUAGCGGAACUAUCAGUACUGCUGCAGCCCACAGGAGUUAUAUCUAUCUUUGCCACAGGCUUGGUUCGUAAACUUUCUAUUUGCACAUUUGUGUGAGUUUGGUGACAUUGUGAUUUAGAUUAUGAUUUGUUUGCGUUGAAUCUUGUACGAAUAUAGCGUAGGUGGUGCCGUGAUGUUGUGAAGAAAUAUAUUGAAAUAUAUAUAAUUUCUCUUA